GUUCUGGGUUCCGCAACAGAAGAAGUCAUUAUUUCCUUGAAGAAAAUCCACUUGAAUUACCACUAAGGAGUCGCAACAUAAAGGGAUAGAGGAGGAUCGUCUUCCUCCACUCGGGUCAAGUUGUUGCACAUGGAUUGUCUAAUAGCUCAUUAUUGGCUCAGCUUCCUCCAGCACACUUUUCUGCUUUGACCACUGGAGGCUCUCAGCAGCUUAUGCGUCACUUCAUCUCUCAGUCGCUGAUCAUGGCGGAGCUACAGCUACAGCAUGAAGUGGAGCCUCAACUUCUCAAUGGGGACGACUUGAACGAGGAGAGGGAAGACGCGGACGCCUCGGAAUCAGUGAAGAAAAAGAGAAGAAAGAAGAAGAAGAAUAAGACCACCGCACCAGCAGGGACAAACGAAGCUGAGAGGGAUGGAGAAGCCGGAGGUGUUGGUGAUGUGACGAAACAGUUGGAGCAGCAAACACUGGAGGACAAAGAGAGGGAGGAGGAUGGAGAAGAAGAUGUGGAUGAAGGAGAGAACUCAGCUGGAAAAAAGAAGAAGAAGAAGAAAAAGAAGAAAGGAUUGAAGGGACAGACUGACCCUCCCUCAAUCCCUAUUUGUGAGCUCUAUCCCAGCGGAGACUUUCCAAAGGGAGAGGAGUGUGAAUAUCCACCAUCGAAAGACGGGCGCAGUGCAGCGUGGCGGACCACCAGUGAAGAGAAGCGUGCACUGGACAGGGCCAACGAGGAGAUGUGGAGUGAUUUCAGGGAGGCAGCUGAGGCACAUCGGCAGGUGCGCUCGUACGUCCAGAGCUGGAUUAAACCAGGGAUGACCAUGAUUGACAUCUGUGAGAAGCUGGAGGACUGCUCCAGGAGGCUCAUCAAAGAAAACGGGCUCAAGGCGGGCCUGGCCUUCCCCACCGGCUGCUCCAUCAACCACUGUGCUGCCCACUACACCCCAAACGCAGGAGACCCCACGGUGCUGCGCUACGACGACGUCUGCAAGAUUGACUUUGGAACGCAUAUCAACGGUCGAAUAAUAGACUGUGCCUUCACCGUCACUUUCAAUCCAAAGUUUGACCGGCUGCUGGAGGCUGUGAGAGACGCAACAAACACAGGCAUUAGGUUUGCAGGAAUUGAUGUGCGCCUGUGCGAUGUUGGUGAGACCAUUCAGGAGGUCAUGGAGUCUUACGAAGUAGAGAUAGAUGGGAAAACAUAUCAAGUGAAGCCAAUCAGGAAUCUCAAUGGCCACUCUAUCGGACAGUACAGGAUACACUCAGGGAAGACGGUCCCUAUCGUUAAAGGCGGAGAAGCCACGAGGAUGGAGGAAGGUGAAGCUUACGCCAUUGAGACAUUUGGCAGCACAGGAAGAGGUGCCGUCCAUGAUGACAUGGAGUGCUCACAUUACAUGAAAAACUUCAACGUUGGACACGUACCAAUCAGACUUCCAAGGGCUAAACAUCUGCUGAAUGUGAUCAAUGAGAACUUUGGCACUUUGGCAUUCUGCCGCCGCUGGCUGGACCGCCUGGGCGAGAGCAAGUACCUGAUGGCGUUGAAGAAUCUGUGUGACCUUGGCAUCAUAGACCCGUACCCACCUCUCUGCGACAUCAAGGGCAGCUACACCGCCCAGUACGAGCACACCAUCCUACUCAGGCCCACCUACAAGGAGGUAGUGAGCCGGGGAGACGACUACUGAGCAUGCGCCAGAGCUCAAGGCGAAGCAGGAGGAGCAUGACAGCUCAAAGACAACAAACCUCUGCAGACUGAUCGCAAUUAUGCAAUAUUUCUCUGACCCAAAUUUCCACUGCUUCAGCACCUUUAGGUAAUUAUUGUAGCAAGAGCAAAAGACUUGUGUCAUGGCAGUAGCUUACUUACUUACUAGUAUUUGAUUCCGAAGGAGAAGAGCCAAUAGACAAAGGGCAUAUCUUAAAAAAAAAAAAAAAUGUAGCGUUGUCAUUUUAGUCAUAUUUUAAUCUGCUGCUUUUAGGAAAUAUGCAAAAGAAAUAUAUGCAAAAGGAACAUGCAAAAAAGGUUUUGGCGAACACCUCGCCAUGAAAAUGCUUUGCUUCAUUGCGUUGUUAAGAACUUGUAAGGAAACUGCAAUGAAAUAUUUAUAUUUCUAUAUUUAUUUGCUCUAUUUUAAUUUGAGGCAGUUUUAUAAGAAAUAAAUCUUUAUAAAUCUUGCAUCAAUUACUGUGUGCAUAUUUAUAAAUACUCAAGAGUUUAGCAUACACUAUCAUAAACAUCAUUAGUGCAGGGAAAAAUUGAUAAUUAGUUAUUUUACUUAAUAAAAAAAUGAAAUUAUAAUUAUUAAUGUUUACAAAUGAUUAGUAAUGCUAUAAAUUUGUUAUUUUAACAGUUGAAUGUGGUACAUAUAACAUUUUACAUGCUAUAUUUAGUAUUUUUUAAUAAUUAAGAAAUGCUUUGUAAAACUUCUGUAAACAUUACAUAGAUAUGGCUGUCAUAAAGUUGCAACUGGUGAUUACAACACAUUCAUAAACGGUUUUUUUAAAUAAUUUGUAACGCACAUAUAUAUAUAUACUGUUUGGAUUGAUAUUAUCUGUGCACUAAUAAUCACUUCUAUAGCUCACCAGUAAAAUGUUUAAUAGGGCCAAACUAAUGCAACUAGAUGCUUUAUGGAUCACUUAUUAAUAAUUCAAUUAUUAUAAAUAAAUUCCCCCAAAAAAUGUUUAAAGAUGAUAAGUUAACAAAU